AUGAGGUUCCCCAGCUUGCUACUAACCUGUUCUCUCGCAGCCUUAGUGGCGGCAGACGGCGAUGACGAGUUCAAAAACUACAACAUCACCAACCGCCCGUUCCCCAAGGGCUUCAGGUUCGGCGUCGCGACGGCCGCCUACCAGAUAGAAGGCGCCUGGAACGUGGACGGCAAAGGCCCCGAGGUCUGGGACGAUUUCUUCCACGAGAAACCUUCCAGAUCCUCCGACGGGACCAACGGAGACGUCGCCACCGACUCCUACCACCUCUACAAGGACGACAUCCGUUGCAUGACCGAGGUCGGAGUGGACUACUCCAGGUUCUCGAUAGCGUGGAGUCGAAUCCUACCGGACGGCACCGCCGAUAAAAUCAACCAAAAGGGCGUCGAUUACUACAUCAACGUGUUCAAAGAACUGAAAGCCAAGGGGAUCAGAUCGUUCGUUACGAUGUACCAUUGGGACAUACCGUCGGCGUUGCAGAAGCAAGGAGGUUGGCUCAACCCGAAGGUGGUGGACUGGUUCGAGGCGUACGCGGAGCUCUGCUACAAGCUCUUCGGCGAGUACGUGGACAGCUGGGUGACCAUCAACGAGCCCAAGCAGAUCUGCCACGCCGGCUACGGGGCGGGCGUGUUCGCUCCGGGGGUGGUGUCGCCCGGCGUGGGGGAGUACGUGUGCGCGAGGCACGUUCUGCUGGCGCACGCCAAGGCCUGGAGGCUGUGGGACGAGAAGUACAGGCCAGUUUUUAAAACACAAAACACGAUAGUGGUCGAUUCGGAUUGGUACGAGCCCAAGACUUACAGCAAAGAGGACGCCGAGGCGGCGGAAAUCAAACGGCAGUUUGUGUAUGGAAUGUACAUGAAUCCGAUAAUAAAAGGAGACUGGCCCGAAAUAAUGACCAAAUACGUAGGGGAAUUGAGUCGCCAGCAGGGCUUCAAUCAGUCCCGUCUGCCGCCUUUCAGCGAAGAAGAAAAGAAGUUGAUAAAAGGUACUUACGAUUACAUCGCUCUAAAUCAUUACACGACGUACAUGGUGAAAGCUAGAGGGACCAAAUCGCGAAGCCCGCCGGUUAGCUGGGAAGAGGACGCCCAAGUGGAUGUUUACCAAAAGAGUACUUGGAAAACUGCUGCAAUCGAUUGGUUCAAAAUUGUUCCGUGGGGUUUCGGGAAACUUCUGAGAUGGAUCAAGCACACAUACGGGGACGUUGAAAUCGUUAUCAGCGAAAACGGGGUAUCGGACACGGACAGGUCGGGAACGCUGCGAGAUCAACACAGAAUCGAUUACAUCAAAAGUUACAUGAGUCACAUGUUAGACGCCAUCCACGAUGGAGGUGUAAAUGUGGUAUCUUACACGCUUUGGAGUAUUAUAGAUAAUUUCGAAUGGACCCAAGGAUUCAAUGGAAAAUUGGGGAUUUACUUCGUUAAUCAGUCCGAUCCUUCUCUACCCAGGAUAGCCAAGGACUCGUCCAAAUACUACGCCAACGUGAUCAAAACUAAAUGUUUGCUGGAUUCCUGCGUCGAAAAUUAA